AUUAUUGCUCGGAAAGAGGGGGACCGUUGAAACUUGAAAGAACGCGCGAUCGUUUACUGCGAUCCUUCACAUGAUGCCUGGGAACUGAUCUUUGAUCCAGCAUAGAGAGACAGAGAAGCAAUUUUUAUCCUUAUUCGUCUAGAGAGUGCAGGACAGGAGGAGAGAGAGAGAUAGAAAGGUCGGUGAGCAGACAACAAAUGCCCAACUGCGAGUUGCGGGCUUCCGACAGCCGUCUUUACCAAAUUCCUAUGCGGUCGACCAACUUUCAUAUGCUUUCGAAGGAUACUAGAGUAGAGGACACUGUUGUGAAGAAGCUGAAGCAGUACUCAAUUAAGACACCGUUGACCAUGUCACAGAUCAAAUUCUGAUUACAGAUUAAACACAGUCUACUUCUACGUUUUGGUGUACCGGGGGAAAAUCUUACUUUACUUGGUCACUCAUGAGGUCUCUUUAUUUCAUUUUAGACAAGUUUCUAAAAGCAGAGGAUGACAAUGUUGGUGUGUCAAAUGGAGGUCAUUCUAGUCUCACAGGAGCUUCCUUAGUUUUUGGGCGAUCGCUGAAUGUUGUAACAAGCCACAGUGGCAGUUUGCCACGUUCACACUAUGUUGAAGUCCCACACGUUAGCCAGCUACAUAGUUGGGACUGCGGUCUUGCCUGUGUUUCAAUGGCUUUGAGAACUCUUGAAAUUGAACACGGUGACCUUCACACUUUGGGGAAGCUUUGCCAUACAACAAGCAUUUGGACUGUUGAUCUGGCUUAUAUAUUGCAGAAGUUUUCUGUUAGUUUUUGCUUCUUCACCAUAACUUUAGGAGCAAAUCCAAAUUUUUCGGUUGAGACAUUUUACAAGGAGCAAUUGACGAAUGACCUGGUACGAGUGGAUAGACUAUUCCAACAAGCUCUAGAAGCUGGAAUUAGCAUACAGCGCAGGUCAAUCAGUGGUGAAGAAAUUUCUUUCCUCGUAUUGUCAGGGAAAUAUAUUGUGAUUGCUUUGGUCGACCAGUAUAAGCUAGAUCAGGCUUCGCUGGAGGAUGUUCGUGAUUCAGGGUUCUGUGGCGGGGACUCAGGUUACAUUGGUCACUAUAUUGUAGUAUGUGGCUAUGAUGCAGACAGAGAUGAGUUCGAAAUAAGAGAUCCAGCCAGCUCUAGGAAAUCUACUUGGAUCUCCUUGCAGUGCCUAGAUGAAGCCCACAAAUCCUUUGGUACAGAUGAGGAUCUAAUCCUGAUCUCAUUGGAGAAGCACGAAAGCGGAAAGCAUGAACAAGCUGUAAAUGUAAUUUAAACUAUGUUGAACGCAGAUAAUCCAUUAAUGGUGCAAUAGGGUUGUAUAGUUGCAUUUUCUUUGGGUUUUCUGUACCAUUUGUAUAUCAUUGUAAAAGUCGCCUGCCUUGGAGAGGCCUGUUGAUGCUGUCUUAUUAGCUGACUCCAUUAAGUUGGGACAAUGCUGAGUUUGUUGUUUUUGUUGAAUAAAAAAUGAGACAUACGUCUUCAGAGCAAUAAUAUGUACGUUGCAACAAA